AUGGUGGUCUGCAUGCUAAGAUGUAUCAUUUCUUUAGUUAAAAUUAGCUUACUUCUAGGUGUACUUGUUUAUGGUAUACACUUUUGGCUAUCCAACAAAGAUUAUGUGUUUGAUGCAGGGAAGAUAGCCAAGAUAUCAGAGAAAUAUGCAGGCUAUGAGGCUGAGGCAGCAUUCAGAGAUAUCCUCAAAGAACUAGAGGAUCUGUACCCAGGGCACAUACUUCCCAGUAGAGAUCAUCAAUGGAUCUUUGUCAAUGCAGGAGGCUGGAUGGGGAGUAUGAUGGUGGUUCAUGCCUCCCUCACAGAGUAUGUUCUCUUCUUUGGUACAGCCAUCGAUACAGCAGGGCACUCAGGCAGGUACUGGGCCAAUAUCUCAGAUACAUUGAUCACUGGACAAUACUUGCAGUGGAAGGAAGGGGAAAUGAAAAGCACUGUUUAUGGACCUGGGGACACCAUUUAUCAUGGAAUGGGAGAGGUCACAUCUCUUAACUUCAAAGCUGACACAUGGAUGGUAGAGUAUGGCCGAGGAUUUAUACCAUCCACACUUCCCUUUGCCCUGGCGGACACUGUGUUUGGAACCACAGACUUUGUUACAGCUUUCUACACCGUGAGGGUGUAUGCAAAGGCAUUGUGGAUGGAAGGGUCUUUGUUUGUCGGGGAGUUCCGUGAUUAUUUAAAGGGAAAUCUGUGAUUUAAUGGGGUGAAAGCAACAUUUUUUUAAAAUUGAAAUGGGCUCAUGUUUUAUUAUUUUUUCCCCCCCAGUAAUUAGGUUUUUUACCAGAACAGGAUGUAUUAGAUGAAGAUUGACCAGAUAUAUUUACGUAAUUAUUGUUAGGCAAGGGAUUUGUAAUUCUUGAGAUUUAAUAUUGGGAACACUGUGAUCAUAUACACUGUGUAAGAUUCUAAAGAAUCUUAUAGAUGUCACGAUACUUAUUUGUGGAAAACAUUAAGAAAAUUUUAGUGCAAAACAAGGUGGAGAGCAAUAAAGAGGACUAGAGCGUGUGAUUGAAUUUUGUUUAUAAAUAACCUUAUCCCAUCUGUCUUAGGUUUGUGAUGGCAUAUUUUGGGUAUUUUUCAAAAUUUAUUUUUUCUGUCAUAAUAAGUACAACAAAUAAAAUACCACAACCUUGUUUCCUAUCCAGGCACUGUAGACUAGGUUUGUGUUUGUUCGUGUGUGCAUGAGAGAGAAAUAGAUUCUUUUCAUCAUUUUGUGAUCUUUUGUUGGAAUAUGCAUAGCAAUCUUCCAUAGCACUGAUAUCGGUGUUAUUCUGAAAAAAGGUCACUGUUUAACAGAAAAACAAUCACAAAACUGAUCUUUAAAAAACAAAACAUUUUUUUCUUAUUUUUGCU